AACAUGUGCAAUCAUGUAGUUGUAUGUUCCCCUUACAUAAGUAGUGCUUUUUUAGUCUGUACAAGAGAUAGAUACAAGAAUUUCGCACAAACUCAAAUUCGUCGAGUCAGCUCGAGAAAUCAGACUUCGCCAGUCUUGGUUAAAUCGGACCGGACUUUAUCAUCUCAGCUUGGGUAUGAAGUCAAACUAGGACAACUUUAUACAACAUCAUUUUACAUGUACCUACCGUUAUAUCAUUAAGCUAAAUCAAACUCUGUCUACUUCUUCAGAUCAGACUGAUCUCAAAUUUAAACUCAGUUCAUUCCGUCUGAAUUCUCACAACAUCUGAAUUCUCAAAAAAGCCCAUUGCACAUUUGUGCAGAAACAGGGAUUACAUAAAAAUGAAGAGUUGAGUUUUAUAUGAAUAGGGACUAUUUUUAGCCAGGCCAUUGAUCAAGGCAUUUUCAUUUUUACAACACGAAAGUAUAAACACAGAGGAACUGAUUCAGACGUUUCAGUACGAUGUUGAAGGUUCACUAGAUCUUUUGUCAUCGGUAUUACUUGGUCAACAUUUCCACGGACAACACGUGUUUCUGAAUAUUACGAAGGCCAGAAAGGAACCUGGUGUCGUCGUGCAUAGAUGAUGUAUGUCUUGUGUAUACAGUGACAUGUGGUAAACAUUGUCCCAUAGGUUAUGUAACCUUGUAUUCUCCAAAUGACAAAACAAGCGUGACACAAACACCUGUGUGCACCAAUAAAACUAGUAAACAUAAAACAAAAGUCUUUCUUUUCUGUGUGGGAUCUCCGCUUUAUGCACUAACAGGUGGAGGGUGGCAAAAUCUGACAGACCCGUUCAAACAACAAGGUAAGUGUGAUAUCCUACAAUAGAUUAUAGUAUUUAAGUAAGCAUGUACCGAAAUGUGUAGAUUUUGUUCUGACAAUUGAACAGAUAGCUGCGUUUAUCUGACAGUUACAUUUUGUGUUGAUAACAGGGAUUUACACGUUUUGUUGUUUAAAAACCAAAAGGAGACCGUAAAAUCCUGGAGUAAAGAGUCCAUUCAGGAUAUUGUACGUAACACAGAUAAGUUCGUGUGUUUUGGUCUUAAGUGUUAUGAUAUCUGGCAAGUUAGUCCUGAAUAAUAAGUACUCAAAUUAAACAUGGUAUGUUUACCUUGCUUUUGAAGAGCGACCAGUAUUCGAACAAAACGUGUUCUGCUAUGCUUAACGAAAUAUUCAAGAAAUGCGAGACCUGUCUUAACCUCUUUAUUGUCAUCAGAGUUUGGAUCAUAUUGAAUCCACAAACAAAAAUGAAAAGUCUAAUGAGUAUUAAACAAGUGGGCUCACGCGAUUAACACCGUCCUCAGUCUUACAUGAGAAAUUUCUAGUUCAUUGAAUGUAAAAAUUUGGCGUGAAGGAUUACCUCCCUUCAUUCAAACUACACAUACCAAGCUUUUUUUAGCCCCUCAACUACAUUUACAUACGAAUUGAUAGUUUUUAAAGUAAAGUUUGUUUAAUUGAGAAAUGCCCAAGCGUACGGCCACCGUUAUAGAUCAUAGAUUUUUAUUAUCUAUGUCAUAAUUCUAAUAACGUAACAAAAAACGAUAUCAAAUGCCGCAUAAUGCUGGCCCCAUACCAGUAAUAAACAACGCAAGUUGAAAGCUGUCUCGUGGGUGGUAGGGACGAAAGCUGUUAUCUAUCGCAGCUCAUUGCUGACAUUCGUGUUUUCUUAGUUUGGAUCUUGCAAAUAUAAGAUAUAAACUGCAAAAACACGUAAGUGUGAAGGUCUACAUUUACCCAGUAGCUCCCAAUAAGCGCCCGACGACUUUAUGGAGCGUAUGUGCAGUCUAACGUACGAUGUGUGUUCCAAUAGUACUGUGUGCAUAUUUGUUCGUCACGCGUUGUAAAAUUCGUCUGUGGUUUACCUCGGGCAUUCCUGCUUCCCCCUCCCAUAAAACUGACCGCUAUCGUGUAAGUGGAAAAUUCGAGCAUAACGACAAAUAUAAGCCUAUAACAAAAGAGCAAAGAUGACCUUCUUAUCGCCUCAAGCUGUACCACAUUUCAAAAAUGAUGUCCACCAUCAAUAACAAGAACACUACAGAUCUGCCCUUCGAAGGUAAAAAUUAACUCGCGGGCACUUCCAGUGUUUGUGCAUACAUGCAUUUACUACCGUUGUAGGACUUGUGUUCUAAUAUUGUUAAUAAGGAUUCUUCAUCAGUUUUACAGAUGGUUUGUUGAUCUCCUACACAGUUCCUUGGCCGAAGCUUGGUUGGUUGAUGACGGAAGGAAAUGUGGCCGAAUGCAAGAAGGGACCACAUCCAUAAAGCAACCGGUGUUCGUUUUCUUCUUUUUCCUGUUCGCCCAAAGCCUUAUCAGUUGGAACACAAUAAAAAGGGCACGAUUUGGACCUGUUCAUAUCUACGUAAGUGAACAAGACGCAGAAAGGGAGCUCACAGAACUUAAGCCUGCAUCUAUGCAUCACAGAAUUUAUGCAAUUAACAGAGUGACAAGUCGAAUGCAAGGAUACCUCUUGACACUGACAGGAUAACAUCUCAGAAAGCUCCGGACGGGGAUGACUUUCCUAGAGAUAAAGCUAAGUCCGACUUAAAGGUAUAUACGAUCCUAUCCACAAGACUAGAGGAUGUUAAAACUACUACAAGUGAAACUCUUCAGAAUAUAAGUAAUAACCAUAGAGGAAGAAAGAUUAAAGUUAACCUAGAUGCAAAUACAAACUUUGGUAAAGUACAUCAAGUUCUGAAAACUCUCAGAAGCCCCAUAGUGUCUAAACCUUCGCCAUUUCUGGGCGGGACGGUAGAACGGCGGGCAAAUGAUGCCAGAAGUUGGCGUAGAAGGCAACAAGCAUUUACUGCACCCGAAAAUAACAAAAACAUUCAGCACAUUGUACAUAAGUCGUAAUUCUUCCAAAGAUGUAAAUAGCUCGUGGCUUGGCCCUUGGGGUGAUUCUGAGAAAAGUGUACCCACUAAUAUUUCCUUACGGAUUUCGAGGUUUUCAGCUAAAACGUUGAUAUACAAAUCGCCAAGGAGUCUCUAUCAAGGAAGAAGAUUAUUGAGUUGGAGGCACAACUUCGGGAAACUUUACAGGCAACCCGGAUGCACUGCCCUGUCACACCUCCAAAUCUGGCUGGGAGAAUCAGUGUUACAGUACAUGCGAUGAAAGGAAAAUUUUCCGGAAGUAGAACUCGGUGGAAGAUGGCGCCCAAGUCACUGCAAAGCCAAUCACCGCGUGGCUAUCAUUAUCCCUUAUCGGGACAGGUCUAAUCAUCUGGCAACUCUGCUAACCAACCUACACCCUCUCCUGCAGAAACAGCAACUUGAUUACGGAAUAUACGUUGUCGAGAUGGCGCAUCCGAUCCCAUUUAACCGUGGCCUGUUGAUGAAUGUGGGGUUUGAAGAGGCUCGGCUAUUGGAAGAUUACCAGUGCUACAUAUUUCACGAUGUAGACUUAAUACCGGAAGAUGACAGGAAUUUGUACACCUGUCCAGACAAGAACACACCUCGCCACAUGUCCGUUGCGGUAUCCAGCAUGCAUUACAGGUUACCAUAUGGAAGUAUAUUUGGCGGCGUGUCAGCGAUGACUAAGGAACAGUUCUUGGCAGUGAAUGGAUUCUCUAACUUGUAUUUCGGUUGGGGAGGCGAGGAUGACGAUUUAUCAAAACGGCUUAGACAGAAAGGAUAUCGCAUCAGCCGAUAUUCUCCAGAAGUUGCUCGUUACACCAUGCUGAGGCACGAACAACAGUCCCCAAACCCCAACCGAUGGAAACUGUUGCAAAAGAGAGGGAAAAGUGUUUCUGAGGAAGGACUAAGCACGCUGCAAUACCGAUUGCUGAAGCGGGAACUAAGAGAUCUGUACACCUGGAUUUACGUGGACGUUGAAAAGAAAGAGGUCAGGUUGGUAAUAGAAUGUAUAGUUCAAUUUUUGUUGUUUUUAAAUAUUGACCAUUUUUCCUGUUUUAAUCCCCUAGCAUGGGUAUAUACUGAUACGCUUUUGUUCUUGCUUCGUUCGUCAGCAAAACAAAGCGUUAGCAAUGAGACAUCAGUGAUAAAGUUUUAGACAAUUUUAAUAUAAUGAACCUUUGUAAAUAGAAGAAAACUCUCAAACAUUUAACCAUCGUCAGGUGCAAUAUACACAACCGGUUCCAUUACCUAGUAUGUAGGUGUUUAUACAGUGAACAAGAUUUAGACCUAAAGAUCAGCUCCGCGCAGAUAUGAUAAUCUGGGUGUUAUUAUGAGAAUGCAUACAGGCGCUUGAUACUAUUGACAUUCUCUAUAGUGACUGAUGGUGAAGAUAUACUUAAGUCCAUCAUUCAUACACCACUCGUAUGGAUCAUGAAACAUCAGUUUCCAAAGGAAAAUAUAUAAGAAAGAAUGUAUCAUUAAUAAAAAAAAAGCUGGUAACAAUGUAAGAGAGAAGUAGUCAUCAGUUUUCAAUGAUGCAGACCGUGAAUAAUUUCCUUUUCUUCAUACAGUAUAUCUCAGGCUUUGAUUUCAACUGUCCAUAAAAGAACAGUGUUGAUGUAAUAAACAUGGAUGAUUAUAUGCCCUCGAUGCCCGACUUCAGGUGAAUUAAGUACAACUAGAGAUCCCCAACCCCCAGUCCCAUUUUCGAACAAGAGAGUUAUGUCACUAUAAAUUUUAAUGAACUUACAGUGAAAGCGUUUAAUGGAGUACUAUCUACUUACCAAUAUUUGAGUCAAUAUCUGUAAUUGAAAAAAAAAAAACAAAUAUACUAUUUUCAAUUUUUGGGAAAAGACUCGCAAAAUUCUGGCCUAUCUAAUUCCAGACAGAUGCUCUAACUUUACAUCAGGACAGAACAAAAGCUUGGUGUCUUGGUGAGGAGUAGUGCUGUGAUUAUAUGUAGGGCUAUGGACCAGCAAAGCAGCGAAGUAUAAGCUGCAAUAAUUUCAUUAUUUAAAAAUUAAGACAAUUUAAGUUAAAAAUGAAUAAUAAU